AUGAAAAGAAUUUUAUUUGUGGCUGAGAAGAAUGAUGUUGCCAAAGGAGUUGCAGCCAUUCUCUCACGAGGGCAAAUGAACCGGAGAGAGGGAAAAUCAAAAUUUAAUAAAAUUUAUGAAUUGCACACGAAUAUCUUGGGUCAACAAGCCAGACUCUCCAUAACUAGUGUUUCUGGACAUCUCAUGGAAUGGCAGUUUGGGCCAGAAAUGAAAGACUGGCAGAAUGUUCCUAUCGGGAAUCUAUUCGAAGCUCCUAUUCACCAUACUGUUAAUGAAAACAUGAAACCGAUUGCUCAGACUUUACAAGAAGAAGCACGGAAGUGUGACGUGCUCGUUAUUUGGACAGAUUGUGAUAGAGAAGGAGAAAACAUAGGAGCGGAAAUAGUGAAGACCUGCAUGCUAGGCAAUAGGAACUUGGAUGUUUUUCGAGCGAAAUUUUCCGAGAUUACCCCUCAAGCAAUAGAAAACGCCACAAGAACCCUAACCCGAUUAGAUAGAAAUAUAGUUGAAGCAGUCGAUUGUAGACAGGAGCUUGAUCUUAGGAUCGGAGCAGCGUUCACAAGGCUUCAAACUUUGCAUUUGAGGCAGAAGUUUGCUCAUAUUCUCGGAGAUAACAAGCAAGUUAUCAGUUAUGGUAGUUGUCAGUUUCCUACUCUGGGUUUUGUGGUGGAAAGGUAUAAAGCUAUCCAGCAGUUCAUAUCAGAAGCUUUCUGGAAAUUGAGUGUUGAGCACAACAGACAAGGAUUGAAAGCCGACUUUCAUUGGAAUAGAAAUCGCAUAUUUGAUCGGGACAUUGUUAAUGUCUUAUAUGAUGAUUGUAAAGAUGCUUCAUCUGCAAAGAUUCAAAAUAUUGACAGAAAACCGAAGUCGAAGUAUCGACCUUAUGCUCUCGAUACAGUAGAGUUGGAAAAGCUGGCUGUUCGAAAAUUGAAGAUCAGUGCGAAAACGGCCAUGACAAUCGCUGAAAAAUUGUAUAGUAAAGGGUGGAUCUCCUAUCCAAGAACAGAAACAAACAAGUUUCCCCCAGAUAUCAACCUGGGAAAUUUGGUUCAAUCACAGAUCCCCUCUAGCGACUGGGGAAGUUUUGCUAAUGAGGUUCUUGAGAAAGGCCCCAAUCCUCGUAAUGGAAACAAAAGUGACGAAGCUCACCCUCCCAUCCAUCCGCUGAAAUUUGCUACGAGGAGUCAAUUAGACGGCAACGAUUGGAGACUGUAUGAACUUGUGGUCCGACACUUCUUAGCUUGUGUAUCCUGGGACGCGAAAGGUUUUGAAACAAAAUGCGAAUUACAACUUGGAAGCGAAUACUUCACUGCAACCGGCUUGCAGGUUAACGACUUAGGAUACAUGAGAGUUUAUGUUUAUGACAAAUGGAGUGACAAAGCAAUUCCAACAUAUGUAGAAGGCGAAGAAUUGAGAGAUUACUUGUUGAAGAUAACAGACGGUCACACUGAACCUCCGCAAUUACUCAAUGAAGCUGACUUGAUUUCUCUUAUGGACAAGUUCGGUAUUGGUACUGAUGCUACCCACGCCGAACAUAUUGAGAAAAUCAAAGAAAGACAGUACGUUGGAGUUCGGGAAGAUGGAAGAUUCAUUCCCGGUUUCCUUGGAUUAGCCUUAGUGGAUGGCUAUGAUGAAAUGGGAUAUGCCAUGAGUAAACCACAGUUGAGAGCGGAUCUGGAACGACAGCUUCAAGAAAUUUGUGCGGGGAGAAGAACCAGAGAACAGGUCAUAACUGAGCAAAAAAGCAAAUACAAGAGAAUAUUCGAACAUGCGGAGGCGCAUGUUAGUUUACUUUCAAUUGCUUUGUCCAAAUAUCUGACUCAUAACCCUAAUGCUGCUAAUAAUAUAUCAGUUAAUACCUCACGUCCUACCAGAGGGUCAGAAAGGGGAGGACGUGGUGGUGGAAGAGGAGGUAGAGGUGGAGCACGAGCUCCUGAAGUUGCUCAAAUUCCCAAUCAUAAUAUUCCCGCUACUCGUCCUAGAGGACGUCCAAAAACAACAAGAGGAACAAAUGCAGUUUCAGCCAACACGGGAAGUGGAUUAACGCGAGGGCGAGCCGUACCUCCUGGAGAACAACCUUUAGCUCUAGCAGGAGCUGCUAAAGUAUGUUUAUGUGGAAUGGAAGCUGUACAGAAGACUGUUAAUAAGGAAGGAGCUAAUAAGGGUCGACAGUUUUGGUCUUGUCCUAAGCCGUUUGGUCAGGCGGACAAAUGUAACUUUUUCGAAUGGGCCAGCUAG